AUGCCUACAACCUAUACGGGUACGACACCACAACAAUACUUCUCCUCUCGGCCAUCAUCAUCAUCCACUGCUGCUGGUCGUACUACUGGUAGUAAGGAGGAGCAGAUACAACGACUAAAGCAAUUGUUGGAGAUGAUGAAGAGCUUACCAAAGGGGGAUGUCACCAACGAGGAUGGUGAUAAGAUUGUUGAUAUCGAGGAGAAGCUAGACGAUACCAAGGCGCCAGCCUCCAAGGCCCCUCAAGUGGCUUCUGUCUCAUCAUCGUCAUCGGCAGCAGUCGAAGAAAAGGAGAUCGAGAUAAAACGGAAGGAGAUGGUUAAGUGGUGGGCAGCUGUAAUGGAGGAAACUCCGUCUUAUAAUGAGCCCGACUAUGAUGAGAGGGAACUGCACCAAGGGGCUGAGGCAAUGCCAACGACUAGCAACACCACAGAUCGGGUACCUGAAACGACCACCACCACUGAUGCCUUCACCGGUACUGUGGCUGAGCAUGGAGAAAAUAAGGUGGAGAAAAAUGAAGAUGCGCCCAAGCGGAUGUCGAAAUUUAAGAUGGACAGAGCAGCUAAGAAAGGCUUUGGCGGGAUGUUCGCGGCCCGACACGGUAUUCCAAUGGGAGGCGGGCAGAAUUCCCAACCCGGGGAGUAG